CGCAAAUAUUUGGUUACAUCCGUUACCUCAUGGAAUCCCGAGUUAGGAAGACGUGCUAUGAGCUUAAGGAUCACGGAGUUCUCCAUCACCCUGGAACAGAAGAACGUUGGAAUUUAAGUGUUUUUAGAAAAAAUUUUCACGUUGAAAUUAUUCGUCAUGGUGAAGAUUCUGACACAAUGGAAUUCGAUAUGAUUAAUUUGGAUUGCUCCUUCGCCAAUGCAGUCCGGCGAAUUUUAGUCUCUGAAGUUCCUUCCCUCGCAAUAGAAAGGGUCUACGUUUCUCAAAACACAAGCAUUAUGCCGGAUGAGGUUAUGUGCCAUCGCUUCGGCUUAAUCCCACUUUCUGUUAAUCCCAAAUAUUUUCUGUUCCCCACAAGAAAACCCCCUGCUUCUGAUGACAUUUCCGGAUUCGACCCUAAAGAACACCUGGUAUAUGAUAUCCGCGUGGGAUUUACACAUGCUAAUAAAGAUUCACAGAAUAAACUUGAAAACGAUAAGGAUGAUACUAUACCUGUGCCUCAGUAUUUACCAGUGUAUAGUUCGGAUCUCAAGUGGGUACCACUAGCUGGUCAAGAGGAUCACUUUAAUGUCAAUAAUCCUCCUAUACCGGUAUCUCCAACAAUACUUAUUAAUAAAUUGGCACUUGGAGACGAAAUUGAAGCUCGAUGUGUUGCAGUGAAAGGAAUUGGUCGAGAUCAUGCUAAAUUUUCACCAGUUGCGGCAGCUUAUUAUAAAUUUCAUCCUAUUAUUAAACUUCUUCGUACAGUUGAAGGAGAACAGGCAGUUAAAUUACAAAAAAGUUUCGCAUCUGGUGUGAUUGGAAUAAAUUCAAGAACUGGUCAUGCCUUUGUCGAUAAUGCUCGUUUAGAUAAUGGUUCUCGGGAGCAUAUGCGCCAUCCUGAAUUCCGCGAUGUUAUUUUCGUUGGAAUGGAUUCAUCACAUUGUAUUUUCACUGUUGAAACCAUAGCGCCUGGUAGCCGACCUCCAUCAUCAUUAGUCCGUUGUGCUUUAGGUGUUAUGAUUAGUAAAUGUUCACAUUAUAUGGCUGUUACAGAAACACCUGGUUUUGGAGAGCACGUUGAAGAGUGUAAACCACUCAUUGAUAUAUCUAAAGAUAACACUGAAAGUCAUACAACUGAAAGAAAUGUACUAAUCCCAAAAGGUAAUCGUAGUUAUUUGAAUGGACGUGAAGUUGGACUUGAAGUAGCACAUAUUUCACAUGAUAAAUUACGUGCAACAUUCACAUUCUUCGGUGAAGAUCAUACAUUAGGUUUAGCGCUUAGAUAUUGUAUUUUACGUGAUGAAUUAGUUCGAUUUUGUGGUUAUUGUGUACCUCAUCCAUUAGAGGAUAUGAUCAAUUUUGAUAUUCAAAUGAAAAGUGGUUCAGCUAUCGAUGCACUACGAAAUGGUCUCCAAUGUUUACGAGAUUGUUUUCAGCAUAUGAAGCAAACAUUUAUAUCGGCAAUGAAAAUAUCAAAAAGCAGUAGAAAAUAAUAAUAAUAAUCAUGAACUUGUUUCUCUUCUCAAUUGUAUAUUUUCGUUUGAAUUUUGUCAAACUGUUUGUGUUGUUUGCCAUGCUGUUGUAACAAAAAGAAACUGUAUAAAAGAAAAAACAAAUUCGAAAAUUGAGAAAUAUAGAAUUUUU